AUGGGUAUAGAAUCUGAGAGAGACGCUCUAGACGAUGAUGACGUUUUCCUCAAAGAAAACGAAACUUGUGAAGAACAAGCAACAACAGAUCCAGAUGAGUUCAAUUUUCCUCGGCUUUUUAUUAACGUCAUCAGAGAACCGAAAAAAUUCUUUGGACCAAAUUCUGAUCUCUUUGAAAAGAAAUAUCUCGUCGAUCAUCUCAUAUUGUUGUCGGCGUUUAUUACAUUCGCACUUACUUUUAUCUCUGGCAUAGGGUUCUUCGAUAGUUGCCAUUGUGGAAGGACAUUAUGCCCCUUGCUGAUUAUACAAGGUGCAUCGGGACUUGUUAUCGUUGCAAUCCAACUGUUUGCAGUUUUAUUCAGCUGGAAACCAGAGAAAGUGGCUAAGUACUCAGAAAAUAAUCGAUUGGCGAUCAAAUUAUUGUUACUGUACUCGCACGUUCUCAUCCAGUUUUGCAUCAUUUUGUUUUUUAUUGCUCAGAUUUGCAUAUUUGCCGGUGCAUCUUAUGACUUUCGAGAGCUAAGGAGCUGUUUAGCAGAUUCCGACAAUGCAAUCCUAUUAAAAAUAUUUGCUGUGGCUAUUUUGGUUUUCCACUACAUUACGAGUAUUGGUUAUCUAUUUAAUUGCAAAUGGAAUAGGCGACGACUGUUAGUUUGUAUCAAUAGAAAAGCUCAAGACCAUCUACGAAAUUGCGAUGAAGAUGAGGUUAUUCUCGACGUUGAGAACCCCAAAGAAAAUAUUUGUACUGUCUAA